AUGACCACAACACAACUCAGCUUCUGCAAUUGGCUGUUUGCACGAUACUCCAGCUAUACAAAACUACGCCGAGUAACUGCUUUCUGUCAACGUUUCCUUCGAGCGUUCCGUGCGCGCUACCUGCUACGUCGUUUAAAUACAAGAAAGGACACACCGCUUAUCGUAAAGAACACACAUCGUUUAGUUUCACCGAUAGUUUCACCGCUUACCACGCGCGAACUUGAAUACGCCGAACUGUCACUCUGCUACCUAGCACAAGCAGAGAUAUUUGCUCAAGAGAUCUCCGAUCUCACUGCUGGCGAACAAGUUGCCAAAUCGUCAGUACUUAAAUGGUUGAACCCGUUUAUUGAUUCGGAUCGCAUCCUACGUGUUGGUGGCCGGCUUCGUCAUGCCGCUUCCAAUGACAAACGUCAUCCGAUAGUGUUGUCUGCUGAGCAUCCAUUUUCUGCUCUGUUGGCUAGUCACUUCCAUUUGAAGCUACUGCACGCAGGUCCGCAAUUCCUGCUAGCCACUCUCCGCCAGAAGUUUUUGAUUCUUGGCGGGAGGAAUUUAGUAAUAUCCGUCUUCCACCAUUGCCACACUUGUUUUCGUAGCAAGCCCACACUAGUCCAGCAGAGCACAGCAGAUUUACCCCAAUCGCGAGUGUCACCGACGCGACCGUUUUCCGUCUGCGGAGUCGAUUACUGUGGACCAUUCUUUCUGAAGUCCGUAGUCCGCAACCGUGGCCCUACAAAGGUGUAUGUGGCCAUCUUCGUCUGCUUCUCUACAAAGGCGGUUCACAUCGAGCUGGUGAGUGACCUGUCUACGCCAGCGUUCCUAGCAGCUCUUCGUCGUUUGGUGGCCCGCAGAGGUAAAAUAAGUGAACUGCACUCGGACAACGCAACCGCCUUCAAGGGUGCUUCAAAUGCACUAAACAGUGUUUACCGGAUGCUGAAGGUCGAUGGAGAAGAUCGGAAGCAGAUCUUCAACUGGUGUUCCGAGAAUGAGAUAACCUGA